AUGUUUUUUGCCAAUGUCCUUGUCGGCGUCUUAGCCGCUCAGGCCGUAUCAAACAAUGGAGCACCACGCCCAGCGCAAGCAGGCAAGUAUGCAGCUUUGAUGGCUGCUGCGGCCCUACCCGUCUCGGGUGCCCCUUUGAUGGGUCUCAUUGAACCGAGAACACCCCGUCACAAGAGAGGCCAAAACGCCCAAGGUGAUCAAGGGGGACAGAACGACGAUCAAGACCAGGAUGAUGAUCAGAACGGCCAGGACAAUGAAGACGGCCAAGACGACGAUAACGAACAAGGCGGUCAACAGAAUAACGAUGGUCAAAAUAACCAAGACGACAAUGAUCAAGACAACGAUGAGCAAGGAGAUGGCCAGAACGACAACCAAAACAACGGUAAUCAGAACGGAGCAGAGAAUGGCAACCAGGGCAACAACCAGGGCAACGAUCAAGGCAAUGACCAAGGCAAUGGAGGAGGCCAACAAGGCGACAAUGCCGGAAAUACUGCAACGGAGACUCUGGCCACCGAAACCCAGACUGAUGCUGCUGCUGUCGAGACGCAGACUGAUGCUGCUGCUGUCGAGACGCAGACUGAUGCUGCUGCUGUCGAGACGCAGACUGAUGCUGCCGAUGCCAUACAGGAUGCCGCUGCUACCGAAACUGCUGUUCUUACUGAAACUGGAGCUGCCAAUGGGACGGCUGCUGCUUCAACAACUGACGCCGCGGCCACAGCUGCACCUACGGCUUGCAAAGCAAAGAACAAGAAUGGUAACAAUGGCAAUGGCAACGACAACGGCAACGACAAUGGCAACGACAACGGCAAUGAUGGGAAUGAUAAUGGUAAUGGACAGGACAACGCGGACAACAACCAGAAUGGUGAUGACAACGCCAAUGAUAACGGCAACGAAAAUGGCAACAACGCUGGAGACGCCACAAACGAUAACGGUAACAAUGACGAUGCCGCUGGGGAUGCCGCGGGUAACGACAACGCUGGUGGAAACAACGGAAAUGACGACAACAACGAGGACGCUGCCCAAGGAGAUAACGCAGACGACAAUGGCGACAAUGCAGCAGACAAAGCUGCUGGCAACGGCAACGACAACGCCGACGGUAACAAUGCAGGAGGCGAUGCUGCUCAAGAUGGUAACGACGCAAGCAACAAUGACGACAACGCAUCACAGGACGACGCCAAGGCAGGUGAUAAGGCAAAGGAAAAUGCUGCCUGCAACGCUAAGCGCGGUAUUCUCGGCGACCUCCUUCAGAAUCUACAAGGAGGUGCUGCCGCUGGCGGUGAUGCCGCCGCUGAUUGCGAUAACUAA